AUGCUGGUGGUUGCUGGCCUGGCCAUCCUUCUGGUUAUAGCCCCAACCAUUUUCGUUGCCUCUACUUUCUUUCCUUAUGGAGGCAAUGUUCCUAAUAUCGUUGUGUCCGGUUCUGAUACUGGUUCCGACGAUAGUCAACCUAAUCCGGGAACAGUGGAAGAAAGUUGGAGAGAUGCAUUUACGCUUCAGCCAAAUGACCACAUCUUUCGGAAAUCGCAGACUAUUCGUGCUACAUGGAAUGUUACUAUGGAAGAGCGUGCACCGGAUGGUGUGAAGAAAAUGGUCUACUUGAUAAACGGCCAAUUUCCGGGACCAACUAUCGAAGCUAGAUCUGGAGAUGAGCUUGUGAUUGAUGUCCAAAACUCAAUUCAAGAUAGCGACAACGAUGGGAUUGCAAUCCACUGGCAUGGACUCUCGAUGAAAGGAGCAAAUCAUAUGGAUGGCGUUGUCGGUUUGACGCAGUGCGCCAUUGGCGCAUCGGAAAGCUUUACGUAUAGGUUCCGAAUCGACGAGUCCCAGUCUGGGACAUUUUGGUACCAUGCUCAUGCGGGUCUUCAAAGAGCUGACGGGCUUUUCGGAGCGAUUGUGGUACACAAACCAGCAGAUCCGUCAGGGUCGGGAUCUGAUAUGUCUACGUACGAAUACGACGCAGAAAAGCUUCUACUUGUCGGAGACUGGUAUCAUCGACAAGCCGACACUGUGUUUGACUGGUACCAGGAUCCAGGUCAUUAUGCAAACGAGCCUGCACCAGACUCUAUGCUUAUGAAUGGUGAGGGAUCAUUCAAUUGCUCGAUGGCGGUCAAGUCCCAGCCGGUGGUCUGCGAGACCGUUACAACGCCAUCAUUCAGAUUACCAGACAGAGACCGCGUUAGACUCAGAGUAAUCAACACUGGAGUCUCUUCAGGCAUCACUCUAUCCAUCUCACAAGGAGCCAUGCAACUCAUCACCGUCGACGGAGGAAGCCCCGUUGGAAAUGCUCCACUUGCGACUGCGAUGGGGGUGCUUUAUCCUGGUGAGCGCAUGGAUCUUGUUCUCGAUCGUUCUUUACAAGAUACUGCGUCAGAUCAAACACAUAGCAAUUCAGACAAAGAAACCAAGCUCACUGUUGCUUUGGAUAGAGAACAUAUGAAAAUUGAGAACCUCGCUCUCACGCGAAUUCAAUCAUUUCCUCUGGUUUGGAAAGAAAGAGUGACAGACAAAUCACUACCAGAGAGACGUGAAAGUUCUAAUGCAACAUCAAAUUUCCUCCUCUCCGAGGCAUCAGGACUGCCCCAAUGGCCUGGCUCAGAUCUUACUGAGAGAUCUAUAGAAAAAGCUGUGCUUUACACUGCGAUGCAGAUUCGCUCGUCGUUUAAUAACCGGCCUGUGGGAAUCGUGAAUCACAGCUCAUGGAUGAUCGCGGACUCCAGGGCAAAACCACUUCUUGCGCUAGAUCCCAAGGAAUGGUCAAAGGCCACCAAGCAACCAAGCUCAAUACAGACCCUGCAAGUUCCUUGGUACGAAAAGACUGGGGAAGACAGAUGGAUUGAGCUGGUGUUAAAUAAUAUGGACGAUACGGGGCACCCGUUUCACUUGCAUGGAAAUGAAUUUUACAUUCUUUCCGUAGAAACCACGACACAGUUGGGGGGGUAUAACCCAUUUGACCCUGACGCGGCAGACCUAGCGAAAACUAUGAACAUGCGGAACCCUUUGCGCAAAGACACAGUUUAUGUUCCACCAAGGGGAUUUGUCAUACUACAGUUUCCUUUGAAUAAUGAUGGGCUAUGGCUUUUUCACUGCCAUGUACUGCUGCAUCAGGCCGCGGGAAUGGGUAUGGUCUUUCACAUCGGAGAUAUUGAUCCGGAAGCGAGAAACAGCUCUUCCAAUCUAUGUAUU